GGAAAUGUUCGACAUCCGUUUGUUUUCACGUGCUAGAAUUGAUUUUGUUUAUUGUGUUUUUAGGGUUUGGAAUUUGAUUUUGUUUUGAAGGAAUUGCUCCAAAUUUCAAUCCGUUUUUGUUGGGGGUUUGAUUGUUGUUGGACCCAUUUGGAUUGGAAUUCCGGGUGUUUGUGAAAGUUGAUUGGGGUGGUUUUUUUUUUUUUUUUUUUUGGGUUUGAGUUUGGGAUUUUGGGGGCGUGAAUUUGCAUGAUUUAGGUUUUUCUUUUGGUGAUUUGGGAACAGUUAGAAUACGACUCAGUUAUCACUGUUGUUUGUUUCUAGCAUUGAAAGAUUGAGUCUUUGAUUUUGGAAUAUUUUGUUUAGUUGUUAAUGUUUAGUGUCGAGUCAAUUGGGAAUCUACGAGGCUCAGCGUUGCAGUGGGUUGUAACUUGUUGGAUGUUUGCCUGAAUUGGUGCUGCAGUAAAUGAAUUAGAGGUCGGAUUGUGAAAAGAUUGCUGCUUGGAGGGUGUCUUUGGCGAGUUAUUUAUAUUAUUGGAGCGGAUUCCGGGAAUGGAUUCUGCACGGGAAGGCGGUGGAGUUGCAGGCACAGUGCUAAUCCCCAUGAACUUUGUGUGGAGUUAUGGUGGGAGAAGCGUGUAUCUCAGUGGCUCUUUCACAGGGUGGACCAAUCUUUAUCAAAUGUCACCAGUUGAGGGCUGCCCCACUGUGUUUCAAGUUAUCUGUAGCUUAACACCCGGAUAUCACCAGUACAAGUUUUUUGUUGAUGGGGAAUGGAGACAUGACGAGAACCAACCUUUUAUAAGUUGUACCUAUGGGAUAGUGAACACUGUCCUCUUAGCUAGGGAGUCUGAUUAUAUUCCACCAACCAUUAGUCCAGCAGUGCCAUCGCUAACUAACAUGGAUGUGGAUAAUGAGGCCUUUCAGCAAUUGGUCAGAAUUUCAGAUGGUUCGCGGCAUGAGGCAGUGCCAAGGAUUCAAGAGACUGACUUAGAGGUCUCUCGUCAUCGUGUUUCUUUGUUCUUGUCUACACACACAGUUUAUGAGUUGCUUCCGGAGUCAGGCAAGGUUAUUACUUUGGAUGUUGAUUUGCCUGUUAAGCAAGCAUUUCAUAUUCUUUAUGAGCAGGGAAUUUCUAUUGCUCCUCUUUGGGACUACUUCAAGGGGCGGUUUGUUGGAGUUCUCAGUGCCCUGGAUUUUAUUUUGAUUUUGAGGGAGCUUGGAAAUCAUGGGUCAAAUCUGACCGAGGAAGAACUCGAGACACACACCAUAUCAGCCUGGAAAGAGGGAAAAGGAUAUCUGAAUAGACAAAUUGAUGGGAAUGGAAGAGCAUUUUCAAGAGGUCUCAUCCAUGCUGGACCAUAUGAUAAUCUGAAAGAUGUUGCUUUAAAGAUUUUGGAAAAUGAGGUGGCCACAGUUCCCAUUAUCCAUUCAUCUUCAGAAGAUGGUUCUUUUCCGCAGCUUUUACACCUUGCUUCACUUUCUGGAAUAUUAAAAUGUAUUUGCAGGUAUUUUAGACAUUCUUCUAACUCCUUGCCGGUACUCCAACUACCAAUUUUUGCAAUUCCUGUUGGUACAUGGGUUUCAGAAAUUGGAGAAGCCAAUCAAAGGCCACUGGCCAAGUUGCAUCCAAGUGCUUCACUUAGUUUGGCCUUGGGUUUGUUAGUUCAAGCCCAAGUUAGUUCGAUACCAAUAGUUGAUGACAAUGACUCAUUACUGGAUAUAUAUUCUCGAAGUGAUAUAACAGCCUUGGCCAAAAACAGGGUUUAUGCACAUAUUAAUCUUGACGACAUGACUAUUCAUCAGGCAUUGCAGCUCGGACAAGACCCUUAUUCUCCAUAUGAGUUCAACAGUCAAAGAUGUCAGAUGUGUUUGCGAACCGACCCACUGCACGAAGUGAUGGACCGAUUAGCAAACCCAGGGGUUAGGCGGCUUGUCAUUGUUGAAGCUGGCAGUAGGCGUGUCGAAGGCAUCGUCUCCCUGAGGGACAUUUUCAAGUUCUUACUUGGUUAGUCACAAGCAAUUGCCAAAGUUUGUUGAGAAAGCGUAUCUGCAGUGGGUUUGGACUCUGACACACAUAGCGGGCGCCAUUAAUCCUACCUCCCCUGAAGAAAUUACAGCCCCCUUCAAUGGUGGUAGUUUUGCGACCUCAUUUCUUUCAAAUUUUACAAUUGAAUUGGCCUCAUGUUUCAUUCCCUGGUCUCUCUGGAAUAUUAGGCUGAAGGAAAUGGCCUAGAAAAUUGAGAGGAUUCAAUUUUUCUUCCAAAUUUGUUCUUCUCCUCCUCCCACCUCCCCACUCCCCUGCCCAUGUUAUCAUCAACAACUAAAUUGCGGUGCUAACAAUAGCUACCAUCUGGUGAAAUCAUUGUUCCAUGCUGCUGCUAAGUGCUAACAGAAAAAGUUGGGUUAAAAGAAGGGGAUCAAAGAGCAAUUAAUUGAUUCAAAAGUCAUGUGUCCUGUUGUGAUUGGCUUUAGGGUUUUGUCUGUUGAUCUCUGUGUUGCUUUAACCAAUUUUUAUUUACAGAUAUUGUGACAUCCAAUGUAUAUAAAUUGGGCGGCAAGCUUAACUUUAGAAAUUACAUGGACCAGUUUCAUGCUUUCAAUUAAUGAUUUCCUGCCUAA